CUCGACUGUGAUUAACUUCUUUGUCACUUUGAACAUUGGAGCUAUUUAUUGGCCACUCAUUACAAAAGCCUUGACUGCGGCGUACAAAUCUUGUGGCGGUGGCACAAUGCAGCUGGAUUUGGACCAAAUUGACUCACCCUUUUCUCGAACGACUAAUCUCUCAUACACCUCAACGUUUUCCCCAUUCCACUGCAUCGCCAGGAUGGCCUCAGAGCCUCAAUAUGUUGUUAUUCCGCGGCCCUUGUUCUAUGAAGGUAUAUCGCUACACAACCCCAGGCCUAACGUCGGCAGCAGUGACCGGGUGGAACUCUACGGAUACAGCCUUUCAGAGAAAUGGCUGGAAGAUUAUACAGAUGAACGCGACUUACACUGGCAACGUUUUCGUCGUCCAUACUCGAGUGACUUGGAGGCUAAGCAACGCGCUGCUAUCGCACACAUCCGUAGAAAAGUCUUAGCAGGUCUCGGAAAGGUGUAUGGAGUGUAUAUCCCCAAUAUCCUUCCGAGUCAUCGCGUGUCCUACCCACCUGUCGGAUCGACGCUGAGGUCUGUUCGGGAGAUAGAGACGGGAGAUCCAGAACGCGAAAGACAUUCGAUUAUGCUCUACUUCGCUACCAAUGAGGACAGUCGCUGUAUUCGGCGAUCAAUGAACAUGCGAGUGGUCAAAGCUUUCCAGAAGGCAUUGGGAUGUCCUAAUCUCGAGCCUCGGUGGAUUUCAGAAGGGCUGCUGAAACGCUAUAAGAACGAUCUAGCUGAAUGGUCGCCAUACCAUCCAACUCAAUGGCCAGACGGAGGAUUGAAUGACGACCAGCGUUUCUAUUAUCGAAGCUUGCCUGAACGGGUCCGUUGGGAAUAAGCAGCUACAGCGCCGACGUUAUUAUCUAAAGCCUAGCAAUCUGUAUCAUAUUUAGUAUUUUGCUUCAUACUUAGCACUGGCAAGAAACGAGGUUUCUGAGAAGCUUCAC